CAAUCAGAAGGCUCUUGGGCGGGACGGCUGCUGAGGGUGAGGUCCAAGGAGGAGGCCGAGCCCAGCCCGGACGCCGAGCCCUGGGUGCCGCCUCCUGAGCUCUGCGGCCAGCGACGCUACGAGCCAGGUGAAAAUGAGUUCUUCAGUAAGAAGAAAAGGCAAAGGGGAUGGAAAGGGGUCUUCUAGAGGAGGAAGAGGAGGCAGGGGUCACACGAAUAAAUCUCACGGGGGCAGUGGAGGCGGCGGUGGCAAUAGAAAGGCCUCAAGUAGAAUUUGGGAUGAUGGAGAUGACUUUUGUGUCAUCACUGAAUCAAAGCACUCACCCAGGCCCAGCGACGACAAAAGCAAAGGAGAGACACGGCCUAAGUGGAAGCCUAAAGCCAAAGUGCCCCUUCAGACACUGCAUAUGACGUCAGAGAAUCAGGAGAACGUGAAAGCCCUUCUGAGAGACCUGCAGGAACAGGGCGUCGACGCAGGAUCCGAAAAAGACGCCUCUGGGGAGGAGGAGGAGGAAGAAGAAGAAGACGAUGCUCCUGAGGGUGAGGACGAGCCGUGCUGGCCAGCUAGCCAGGGGCCUGCUUUUCUCCUUGACUGCAGUCCUUGGGAGUACAUCGGCCCCGAAGAAGAUUCUCCUGUUCCAGAACCUGCAGUCUCACCAUAUGCAGUGCAGAAACUUUCCAGGUAUGGUUUCCACACUGAGCACUGCCAGCUGGCCCUGAGGGUGUGUGAUGGAGAUUUGGGCGCGGCUCUAGAGCAUCUCCUCCAGCAGUGCUUUUCAGAUGCAUUUGGAGAGAGGAUGAGACUCUCCGAGGCAGCUGAUCGUAUAAGCUUGAAUGAGUGUGUGGAGCAGAGACAGGAAGAGGUGCUUGCUCUCAAGUCCAUCUGUGGAGAAAAGUUUAUAGAAAGAAUUCAGAACAGAGUCUGGACCAUUGGACUGGAAUUGGAAUAUCUGACAAAUAAAUUCUGCAAGUCUAAGCAAAAGGAAGGUACCAAAAAUGUACGGGACACUUCACCUGAAACCUGUAAAUUUUACCUCAAAGGAAAUUGUAAAUUUGGAUCAAGAUGCAAAUUCAAACACGAAGUGCCCCCAAAUCAAAUUAUUGGAAGAGCAGAAAGAAACGUCGACGAUUCUCAUCUUAAUGCUGAUGAGGAUGCAGCUUUUCUGUAUGAGCUUGAGAUUCGCUUUUCUAAAGACCACAAAUACCCCUACCAAGCUCCCCUUGUGGCAUUUUACUCCACCAACGAGAACCUACCUCUGGUUUGUCGGUUACAUAUUUCUGAGUUCCUUUAUGGCAAGGCUUUGGAAUUUGCAGAAACUUCGGAGCCUGUUGUAUAUUCUCUGAUAACCCUUUUAGAAGACGAGUCUGAGAUUGCCAAGUUACUAACACAUACUCAACACAAGUAUAGUGCUCCUCCUGUGAACGUCCCUCCAGAACCUUCCGAGACCAGGAUAAGUAAGCCUGCCUACCGCAAACCAGUGAUCCCAAGUAAUCCUUUUCUUUCAAAUCAAAUUGCAGAAGGGGAAACAUUGUCAGAUCUGGAGGACGAUGCUGAUAUGGAUGAAGGUCCUAUAUCAGUGAUAAUAGAGAAUGAAAGCUAUGUGAACCUUAAGAAAAAGAGUUACAGAAGAUACGACUGGCCGGCAAACUCCAUACAAGCUGAGAACAGCAAGAUCUGCAGGCAGUUCCAGAUGAAACAGGCUUCCAGACAGUUCCACUUAAUUCUGCAAGAAAGACAAUUACUACCUGCUUGGGAAGAAAGAGAAACCAUUCUUAAAUUGUUGAGCAAGCACCAAGUGGUUGUCAUAAGUGGUAUGACUGGAUGUGGGAAAACCACACAGAUUCCACAGUUCAUUCUGGAUAAUUCUCUAAAUGGGCCACCCGAGAGGGUGGCGAACAUCAUCUGUACCCAACCCCGACGAAUCUCCGCAAUCUCUGUUGCUGAACGUGUGGCUAAAGAAAGAGCAGAAAGGGUGGGUCUGACUGUGGGGUACCAGAUUCGGCUGGAAAGCGUCAAGUCCUCAGCCACUAGACUGUUAUACUGCACCACAGGAGUGCUGCUGAGAAGGCUAGAAGGAGAUGCAACUCUGCAGGGAGUCACCCACAUCAUUGUUGAUGAAGUUCACGAGAGGACAGAAGAAAGUGACUUCUUACUGCUAGUUCUGAAGGACAUUGUGAUGCAGAGACCCACCCUCCAGGUCAUUCUCAUGAGUGCAACUCUGGAUGCUGGGCUCUUCUCAAAGUAUUUCAGCUACUGCCCCGUUAUCACUAUACCAGGUCGCGCAUUUCCUGUUGAUCAAUUCUUUCUGGAGGAUGCAAUUGCUGUGACAAGGUAUGUGCUACAGGACGGGAGCCCAUAUACGCGCUCCAUGAAGCAGAUGGCAAAGGAAAAGCUUAAAGCCAGGCACAACAGAACUGCAUUCGAAGAAGUGGAGGAAGAUCUGAGGCUGGCCCUUCAACUCCAGGAUGAGGAGGAAGCCGUCAGCGACACAAUACCGGAUCAGCAGUUAGAUUUCAAGCAGCUCUUGAUCCGCUAUAAAGGAGUGAGCAAGUCAGUCAUUAAGACGAUGUCUGUCAUGGACUUUGAAAAGGUGAACCUGGAGUUAAUAGAGGCCUUGUUGGAGUGGAUUGUGGACGGCAAGCACUCCUACCCUCCAGGUGCUAUACUUGUGUUUUUACCAGGGCUAGCAGAAAUCAAGAUGCUUUAUGAACAGCUCCAGUGUAACUCUCUGUUCAACAACAGACGCAGUCAGCGAUGUGUUAUUCAUCCACUUCACUCAUCUCUAUCCAGUGAAGAGCAGCAGGCAGUGUUUGUGAAACCUCCAGUAGGCGUAACUAAGAUUAUAAUCUCCACCAACAUUGCUGAGACAUCCAUAACCAUUGAUGAUGUUGUUUAUGUCAUCGAUUCUGGAAAGAUGAAAGAGAAAAGAUAUGAUGCUGGUAAGGGGAUGGAAAGUCUAGAGGACACAUUCGUGUCUCAAGCCAAUGCUCUGCAGAGAAAAGGCCGAGCUGGCCGUGUUGCGUCUGGAGUCUGCUUCCAUUUAUUCACAAGCCACCACUACAGCCACCACCUUUUAAAGCAGCAGCUACCAGAAAUACAGAGAGUGCCCCUGGAACAGCUGUGCUUAAGAAUUAAAAUUCUAGAAAUGUUUAACACUCAUAAUCUCCAGUCCGUGUUCUCUCGGCUCAUUGAACCGCCACAUAUUGAUUCUCUUCGUGCCUCAAAAGUACGGCUGCGCGACUUGGGCGCCUUAACUCCAGAUGAAAAACUGACCCCUCUAGGCUACCACUUGGCCUCCCUGCCAGUGGACGUGAGGAUCGGCAAACUGAUGCUGUUCGGGUCUAUCUUCCGCUGUCUGGACCCUGCUCUCACCAUUGCUGCCAGCUUGGCCUUCAAGUCCCCUUUUGUGUCUCCCUGGGAUAAAAAAGAAGAGGCUAAUCAGAAAAAGCUGGAAUUUGCAUUUGCAAACAGUGAUUAUCUGGCCCUUCUAUGUGCAUAUAAGGGUUGGCAACUGAGUACAAAAGAAAGUGGGAGAGCGAGUUAUAAUUACUGCAGACAAAAUUUCCUGUCGGGGAGAACUCUGCAGGAAAUGGCCAGCCUAAAACGGCAGUUCACUGAACUGCUGUCUGACAUAGGGUUUGUGAAAGAGGGACUCAGAGCAAGAGAAAUCGAAAAAAGAGCCCAAGGAGGAGACGGUGUCCUGGACGCCACAGGAGAAGAGGCAAACACAAAUGCCGAGAACCCCAAGCUGAUUUCAGCAGUACUGUGCGCCGCUCUGUAUCCAAACGUAGUGCAGGUCAAGACCCCAGAAGGAAAGUUCCAGAAGACCAGUAGUGGAGUUGUCAGACUGCAGCCAAAGUCAGCCGAGCUGAAGUUCGUUACCAAGAAUGACGGAUAUGUCCACAUUCACCCUUCCUCAGUGAACUAUCAGGUCAGACAUUUUGACAGUCCCUACCUGUUGUACCAUGAGAAAAUCAAAACUAGCCGGGUGUUUAUCCGAGAAUGCAGCAUGGUGUCUGUGUACCCCCUGGUCCUGUUUGGGGGAGGCCAAGUGAAUGUGCAACUUCAGAGGGGUGCGUUCGUUGUCUCCUUGGAUGACGGUUGGAUCCGGUUUGUGGCCGCUUCCCAUCAGGUGGCUGAACUGGUAAAGGAACUCCGCUGCGAACUUGACCAGCUCCUCCAGGAUAAAAUUAAAAACCCAAGCAUGGACCUGUGUAACUGUCCUAGGGGGUCUCGGAUCAUCAGCAUGAUUGUGAAGCUCGUCACCACACAGUAAAGACUGGGCCCAGGCUAUCUGCUCUUCGCCUCCUGUUCCCCUGCAGGUCACACAGCACUCCUACCUCCUGACAGAAGACUGCCCUGGGGAGGCCAGGGCACAGAGCCUGAGUGCUGAGCCAGCCGAGGCCCCACAACCCAAGAGCCCUUCUCCACACUUGGUGUUUCUGAAAAUGUGGGGACACUCCCAGCACAAUUUGGAGUGUCAGUGGUAGGACAGUCUAAAACCCACCUUGUCUCGUUGUGAGUGUACCAAGCUGAAUGAAAUUCACCUCAUAACCCAAAAGUGAAUGUUAAUACAAUUCUGUCUUAAUCUAUGUAUUCUUUUCCUCCCCCUUUUUAUUAUGCAUUGUCUAUACAUAAUUGAUAAUUCUUUUUCCUGUUUUUUACUGGGCAUGAGAAGAAUUGUUUGGUUUGGUUUUCCCAUCAUAAUAAAGGCUUACCUGAGAAAACUCAAAUGAAAGAAAGAAAUCAUGUGAGUAAAAAAUAAAAUAAAAAUUCAUUUUAGACUUGGCUAUGGAGUAAACUUGAUUUG